AUGAGAUAUGCUGACAAGGUCAAUACAGGUGUACUAUACUUUGAUGAAGCUGAAGGAAAGAGAGCUAUAUUUUCUAACUGUUAUAUUGCAAGCAAUAAAGGCAGACUUAUAAAGUCUAGAGCUAAUAAUUUCCAAUGCAUGAUGGAUCAUUGUUAUCUUUAUAAUAAUAGUGAUGCAAAUUCAUGGUCGGAGUUCUUCUCGAAUUCAAGUAUAAGUUAUUCUAACUUUACACUAGAUAUUAGAGUUGAAUGCAUCUCAAUAAAGCCAUUUUACGAACAACCCCCUACACCUUUGGUUCGUAGGUGUGUACAAUUUCUCAAGUUUUCAAAGCUACGAUCUAUUAUGAUCGCUAUCUCUAAAAGUAUUAAAAACUGA